GGCUCUCCGUAAUUGAAGGCUUCCGCCCCCAACAAAGAUGGCUGCCUACCCUGCCCUACCCCGCCCUUUGACCGAUAUCAAAUACUAGACUAUCUUUCACUUUCGGUCACUGUUAACGGAAGAUGGCGCCGACUCCGAAGACUGUGGGGCGAAUCAAGCUAGACUGUCCUCUGCGAUCUGGCUGCCCGCUGGAGGUCGCUGCUGUACCCAAACUCUGCAAGGAGUUCUGUCCGGAGGACUACGGGCAACAGGACAUAGAGGAUUUUCUUGGACGGCUUAUGAAGAGUGAUCCCCAGGGCCUUCAUCGGAUCCAUGUGGAUGGGAGCAGCAGGCGGCUGCAGCUGUGGCACCAUGAUUACCUCCUGGACUAUUUCAGUGAUGAAGAAACGACUGGACAGAGUAACAAUGGCAAAGGGGCUGAGAGAUUGGCCACGUACUGUGGUCUCCGCAAGUCCUUCCUGUACCCUUCUCAAGGACCUGAGUCCUCCUGUCAAAUCCCCUCUGCCUUUUCCUGUGUCUCAGACAGCCUGCUUCAGGUAGCCCUGCCCCAGAAGCUCCUGGUGACGGAAGAGGAAGCCAACCGUCUGGCAGAGGAGCUGGUGGCUGAGGAGGAGCGCAUGAAACAGAAAACAGAGAAGAAACGACUCAAGAAGAAGCGUCAAAAAGAACGAAAGCGACAGGAACGCUUGGAGCAGGACUGUGGGGAGUCCAAGGCCAAGGCUACCAUAGAUGGGGAUGAGAGCCCUCCUUUUAGCUCUGGGAACCCAGCUCUGGGACAGUGUAGUGAGGAAGAGGACUCACUGGAUCUAUCUAGCACUUUCGUGUCUCUGGCUUUGCGCAAGGUUAGAGAUCGGCCCCCCAGUACCCGUAGAGAGAAGGAACUAAGCCAGAAGCCCCAAGGCAGGGGCCCAGGUUCCCAGGAGAAGACAGGUCAAGAGGAAGGGAGCCUUCCAAGAGAGGAGAGGCCUGGGCAGAGUCUUAAGGCCCGGGCAUCUCCAGGACUUCUAGGAGCUGCCUUACAGCAGAGCCAGGAACUGGCAAAGUUGGGUACCAGCUUUGCUCAGAAUGGUUUCUACCAUGAGGCUGUGGUCCUCUUCACACAGGCCUUGAAGCUCAACCCUCAGGACCACCGGUUAUUUGGAAAUCGUUCCUUUUGCCAUGAGCGGCUGGGUCAGUCAAUAUGGGCCCUGGCUGAUGCCCAAGUGGCCCUCACCCUAAAGCCUGGCUGGCCCCGGGGCCUGUUCCGCUUGGGCAAGGCCUUGAUGGGACUACAGCGCUUUGAGGAGGCAGCUGCUGUGUUCCAGGAAACACUAAGAGGUGGGCCCCAGCCUGAUGCAGCCCGGGAGCUCCAUUCCUGCCUUCUCCAGCUCACUCUGCAGGAUCAGCGAGGAGGAAUCUGUGUACCACUUCCAUCUGCCAAUGUUGAGCUGGGAGUCUCAGGUCUGCUGCCUCUAAGUUGCUCUCCAAGCACUGCUCGAGGGGCUUCUGCCCAUCUAUCUCCACCCUCGCAUUCCCCAUGUCACCUGAGCCAUCCCAGUGGGCCCCUCCCCCAGAUUCAGAGUAGAAGACCCCUUCUCCACCUCCAGGACCCUUCAAAGAGCUGGUGCAUCCUGGGACUUGGGCCCAAGCAUCUACCUCAGGCCAGAUGAAGGAGGACCUGUCCCUCUUAAGGAGAAGCCAUGUGUACAUCCCAAAGGGAUGGGGACACUGUGUGGUGACAGUUCACUGUGUAUUUUGAGACCUUGUGCUCCAAAUCCAUAGUUGAGGACCCCUGUGGCAGACAUUCCUCUUGCCAUGGAGAACCUCCUUAGGAGAGAAAGGAGCCCCAUGUCCACUGGAACAUCCUUUUUUUGGUUCUCAAGCAGAUGGCUGCUUCUGCAGGCAGUAAGGAAAAAAUUAAAUCCACCAAGGCUCAAGAAGGAAAUUUCAGAAGUCCAGGUUUUUAGACUACAGCACAGCCACCAAGAAGGCACUUGGGGCAGUGCGCUGCCUCAUGGCCCUCAAGGACUCAUUUAUAGCUCGAGCUCUGUGCUCAGGAAUGGGAUCACAGCAAUGAUACCUGUAUCUCCCCUUUUUUUUUUUUUUUUGUAGAGA